AUGGUGGAGUUUAACGUGGAUAGAAUGAGUAUUUCUCAUUCUCACGUGGACAGCUUUAACGCCUUCAUUGAUCAUUACUCGGUCAACAUGGUAAAAAGGAUACCACCUGUCUACAUUUCAUGUGACAAUGAAUAUUUAAGUCGCUUUUUAAACCCAAACGAAAAGCCAUACUACGUUAAGAUAACAGUAUUGUCGCUGAAAAUCGGUUAUCCUACAAGACCAGGGUCAGAGUGCAUUGGAAUAAAGCAGCAUAUGUAUCCUAGGCACGCAAAAACGAGUCAUACUACAUAUGAAGCGCCCUUGGUCGUGACGUUUGGAAUUAAAUUCUCCGAUACAGAGUCCAUUGUCACCAAGGAAUUGAUCGUUGGUCAUAUACCAGUUAUGGUCAAAUCUAAACGCUGUAAUCUCAGUGGAUUGACGCCAGAGGAAAUGGUACAACAAGGCGAAGAUAUUGAUGAACCUGGUGGCUACUUUAUAAUCAGAGGUGUGGAGAAAAUCAUCAGACAGGUUAUUAUUACACGGUCAAACUAUCCAAUCGCAAUCAAAUCUGAAAAUAACUCCCUAAGAAAUGUGCUAUUUACAGACUACUCUAUUGUAAUGCGCUGUCAAAGCCAUGACGACGGAUGUUAUGUUACAAAUGUACUAUAUCUGACCAUAAAUAAGCGGUGCAUGUUCAGAGUAUUGAUUAAAAACUCUGUUGUAUUGAUACCCUUAACACUGCUGUUGAGGGCUCUGGUUCCAUAUAUGAGUGAUGACGAAUUGAAGCAAAAACUUUUGCAAAAUACCAUUGGAGAUGAGGAGAUGACAACAUAUUAUCACCAAUUUUUUCUGGACAUGAUACGAUGUGAUCCUAUCCUUUCCGAUAUUGAUUUUACCGAAAACAGAUAUCUGUAUAGACUUGGUAAAGUAUGCUGGUCACGUAUAAAUCAAUACUUACAUCCUGGUGCAACUUUUGAAGAAUGUGCAGUCUAUUUUCUGAAAUACUUUGUAAUAAUUCAUGCGCACACAAAUGUAGAAAAGUUUGAAACAUUGUUGUUUAUGUUCAACAAACUAAUCAAACUUUCACGUGGAGAGAUCCAAAGUGAGAGCUAUGAUUCCUUCGCGUUCCAGGAAAUAUUGCUACCCGGACAAACGUACUCGUGUAUAUUAAAAGAGAGUCUUUAUUUGGCAUUAACCAGAAUAAAGAAGAUAUACAGUACGGAAAUCUCUUACUUUGGUCGUUACCUUCAAGGCGAUGUCUCGGCUAGAUCUAAAAGGAAAUUCAUGGACUUUGGAGAAAACCAAGAUUCUAGUACUCUAAUAAAACAACUCUUGUCUUCUGUAGCUUUGUUUAACUAUGCUACAGAUAAAAUUGCCCCUUUGAUAUCAAAAAGGCUCUUAUACUUCUUAUCUAGUGGAAAUGCGUUAAAUUCGCAUUUUGAACUUAAUCAAAGCGCUGGAUUUGUUGUCGUAGCUGACAGGAUUAAUUAUCAUAGGUUCGCUAGCCACUUUAGGUCUAUACAUCGUGGUAAUAUUUUUACAAAAAUGAGAUCAACAGAGGUUAGAAGAUUGCUUGGUGAAACCUGGGGGUUUAUAUGUCCAGUGCAUACGCCAGAUGGAGCACCCUGUGGCUUGUUACUCCAUAUAUCGCAGUACGCUGUUCUUGUUACGGAUCCCAAAUGUGAUGAUUCUAUAUCACGCGUAAAGCAAUGUCUUAAACAUCUAGGCUAUUGUGUGGAUUUAUGUGGCAAUACGCUAAUCACGAAUUACUUCACAAGCAAGGACGAAAAGCAUUAUAUUCCUAUUCUAGUAGAUGGGAUACCAAUAUGUACAAUACCAUCCAGUGAUUCUAUGAAUGUGUAUAACCAGCUUAGACAAGCGAAAUUAAAUGGAAAUUUUGGAAUGAAGCAACACUAUGAGAUAAUUGCCCUACCAGAUAGCAAAACCACCUAUUCCAACAUUUCUGUUAUGACAUAUCCGGGGAGGAUGAUUCGACCUGUUCGCUGUGUUAAAACAGGGAAUGUUGAAUGGAUUGGACCAAUAACACAACUUUGGUCUACAAUAGCUGUAUCUGAGUAUGAGCUCUCACUUUCUCACUCCAUACUUGAAUCAGAAAAUGUAAAUAAACCACACAUAGCACCCUCAAUUUCUGAAACCCUCUCUCUCCAUCGAAAUAAAGAAUGCAAUACCAACGUUGAUAAAUUUUUGGAAAAUGCUCCAGUUUCAUAUGAAUUUGUUGAACUUAAGCCCUCAGGAAUACUAUCGGUAAUAGCUGCACUUACACCAUUCAGCAAUCAUAAUCAGAGUCCAAGAAAUAUGUACCAAUGUCAAAUGUUAAAACAGAGUAUGGGUGUUCCAUAUCACUGUGAAACUUAUAGAUCGGAUAACAAAUCAUAUAGGCUAAUAACACCUCAAAAGCCUCUGGUUACAACGGAAGAGUAUCGCAAAAUGGGUUAUGACGAUUAUUCAACAGGAAUAAAUGCUAUUGUUGCUGUAAUCGCUCAUAGUGGGUUUGAUAUGGAAGAUGCCAUGAUCUUAAACAAAGCAUCCUUAGACCGGGGUGCAUUUCAUGGAUGUAUAUACAAGACAAAGAUUAUAGAUGCUAUGCCUCCAAGUGCAGUUAACAAGGAUAGCCAUUCCUAUUAUUUUAAUAAUAUUAACGAUGCUGGAAAUCUAAUAAUUAAGCAUCUGGAUAAAGAUGGUCUACCAAGUGUUGGUCAAAAAGUUAAAAAGGGAAUGAUAUUCUGUAGAGUAGAAGCAAGAGAGAGACAGAAUGGAGAGAUCCACAUUACUGAGCGCCUGGAGAAAUAUGAUGAUGAAGAAGGGGUUAUUGAUCAGGUUACCCUGGUUGGUUUUAGCGAUUCCAGUGCUGACAAAAGUAGUUCAUCUGGUAUAAAAUGUACUAGGGUAGUUAUAAAGUUAAGAAUUGUGCGUAACCCGGUUGUUGGUGACAAGUUUGCUAGUAGACAUGGUCAAAAGGGUAUCUUAUCGAUGACGUGGCCUGUUGAAGAUAUGCCAUUUUUGGAAUCUGGAAUUGUACCGGAUAUUAUUUUUAAUCCACAUGGUCUUCCUAGCAGAAUGACUGUAGGGAAACUAAUUGAGUGUAUGGCUGGGAAAUCUGCUGCUGUUCAUGGUCAAUUUCAAGAUGCGACGUGUUUCCGUAAAUAUCCAAAACAAUCCAAGUUUAAUAAUAGGUGGAUUGAUCAGAAUGGAAUUAAGGGAUGGAAUGAAAGAGGUCAAAAAUAUGCAAGUGAUGAUGAAGGUGAUGAUACUAAUCAUGACGAUGUAGUUGACUACUUUGGUAAGACUCUCUUGAUGGCAGGGUACGAUUAUUAUGGCACAGAAGCCAUGUAUUGUGGGACUCUUGGUACAGAAAUACAAGCUCAUAUUUUUGUUGGUUGCAUAUUUUAUCAGAGGCUAAGACAUAUGGUUGCAGAUAAGGCUCAGGUAAGAGCAACGGGACCAAUAGAUACGAUAACAAAACAACCAGUGAAAGGAAAGAAAAAUCUUGGUGGUAUUCGUUUUGGUGAAAUGGAACGUGAUGCACUCAUAGCUCAUGGUACAUCGCAACUGUUGCAGGAUAGAUUAAUGCAUUGUUCAGAUGGGCAUUUUGCAUACGUCUGUCCAAAAUGUGGCUCUAUAAUAUCUGCGACAAUAUCAUCUGUGAAUUCUAACACCGGAAAAAUACAGAUAUCCCAAUGCAGAAUAUGUAAAGUUGGGUGUAAACUUGUAAUGAUACCAUAUGUACUAAGAUAUGUUGCAAACGAGCUGGCAACAAUGAAUAUCGGCAUUAAACUCCAUCUUUCCCAACUUGGGACUCCAAUAAAUUUGUAG